AUGGGAGGUCUGAACCUCGAAGUUUUCAAGUUCGGAAUGUACAUCCUCUUCCCAAUCGCCUCAAUGUAUUACUUCGGCACAAACCUCGAUUCCCGCUUCUCGGUUCCAAACUUUUGGCCAACAAAGGAGGAAACUCAUCAGAUCCCCUUCGAGAGGGAUGAAAUCAGGUUGGAACUCGAACGGUUGAAGAAACAGAGGUUGCAGAGGAGGAAGGAGAGAUUGGAGGCUGACACGAAGAAGGCGCCGUUGGUUGAGAGGGAAUAA